AUGCAAACCAGAAAAUAUUUCAUUAUUUCAUUAAGUAUUUUGAUUUUAUUAUAAAUCACUUUAGCCUCAUCAUGCACUAAACUUAAUGAAGGAUCUUUAUAUGAUUUCUCUCCGCUUUAAAACUCAUAACCAAACUAAUAUUAAGAUGGUAGUAGCAAAGGUACUAUUUACUGGAGUAUCUGCAAUGAUAACUAUUUAAGUUCUCAAUAAUGUAGUUAAAGCAAAACAUACGCAACCUUCUAUGUUUAGUAGGGAUGCUCUUAUUUGACAGGAAGUGAUGAAUUUAACACCUCUGAAUUUGAUUUUAUAGAUGAUGAUAAUCAUUCUAAAGGUAUAAUCGUUAAAUUUCAAGGUGGGUAGCAAGUGAAUAAUGUUCAAUAGCAAUUUGUUUUGAAAGUUUUAUGUGAUGAUUCUAUCAAUACUUAUAAUACCUAAAGUUUAGAAAUACAAAAUGGAGUUUAUACCUUAAGUAUUUCUUCAAAAGCAGGUUGCCCUUCUAUAGAUUUAUCUAGCAUAUGGAAUUUCAUGAAUGAUAAUAAAUGGGUAGGAACAAUAUUUUUAAUAGUUGUAGGCUUUUUCUUAUGCUUCUUUGGUCUUAAGUUAAUUAAGUUAACUCUAUUUCUGACCGGGUUCACAUUAGGAUUUUUGUUGUCCUUUUUCAUAUUUGAAGCACUUAUGAAGCCAGAUUCAUCAACUGGCUUAAAUUGGACUGCAAUUAUUGUUAGCGUUCUCGUAGGUAUAGUAGGUGCUAUUCUUGCAUUUAAAGUUGAAAAGGCUGGACUCUUCUGUCUUGGAGCUCUUGCAGGAACAUUUUUAGCUUUUAUUAUUUUUAACGCAUUCCACUUUGCUAGUUCAAAUAAACUUGUAUUAUGGUUAGAAGUAGGAUUGUGUUCAUUCAUUUUUGGCUGCUUAUGCGUUUAUAUUAAAAGUUAUAUCUUGAUUUUAGCCUCUUCUUUGGUCGGAGCAUAUAUGAUAGUAAGAGGAAUUUCUCUUUAUCCAGGUGGAUUUCCAAAUGAGCUCACAGUUUCUUAACAAAUUAAAAAUGGUGAUUGGACUUUCCCUUGGUACUACUAUCUGUACUUAGUAGCAAUCAUUGUUUUGAAAGUUUGUGGAGGUAUCUAUCAAUACAGAAGAUAUAAAAAUAAAGGACAAAGUAGAGAAAGCAAUACUUCUGAUGAUUACAGAAAGAUGAAGCAGUGA